AUGCGCUUCCCUCUCUUCUUCCUCCUGCAGCUGGCUGCGUCCAGUGUAGCCCUGACCAAGCCCAACUAUGACAACUACGAUUAUUAUGCCGUCCACCUUUCACCACAUGUCUCACCGGACACCCUAGCAACUCAUCUUGGCUUCCAAUUCGACAGUGCUAUCCACUCGCUCAAGGACCACUACGUCUUCAAAGCACCCAAGGCCUCGCACGAUGUCAUACAUGAAGCCAAGCAGGACUUGAAGCGUCUAAGGAGAAAGAGACAGGCUGGGUGGGAUCGACAUAACGUUUUGGACGACAUUCUGCUCAACAGAAAGCAGGAGCGUCGAUUGCGCCUGUUCAAGCGUGUACCUCCGCCGCAGUCUGCUGCAUUAGACACCCGUGCCGACAAGCAGCUCGCCGACUCUCAGGUACAAAAAGGAUUGGAUAUCGCAAAGAGUUUGGACAUCGAGGACCCUAUAUUUAUGGACCAGUGGCAUCUGUACAACCCCAUUCAGCUUGGACACGACAUCAAUGUCACAGGAGUUUGGCUUCAAGGUAUCACUGGAAAGAAUUCCACCGUCUGCAUCGUCGAUGAUGGUUUGGACAUGGACAGCGAUGAUUUGCGCGACAACUACUUUGCUGCUGGUUCUCAUGACUUCAACGAUCAUGUUGACGAACCAAAGCCAAGACUCUCUGAUGAUCAUCAUGGCACUCGUUGCGCCGGUGAAGUCGCGGCUGUACGGAACAACGUCUGCGGCGUGGGUGUGGCCUACGACUCCAAGGUUGCCGGUGUCCGUAUCCUCUCUGGCGCUCUCACCGAACUGGACGAAGCUCUCGCUCUAAAUUACGCUUAUCAGGAGAACCAAAUCUACUCAUGUUCAUGGGGGCCUCCAGAUGAUGGUCAAAGUAUGGAAGCACCAGGCAUCAUAAUCAAGAGAGCUAUGGUUGCUGGCGUACAGCAGGGCCGCCAGGGCCGUGGUAGUAUCUUCGUCUUUGCUAUCGGCAAUGGUGCCGCCAACGACGACAAUUGCAACUUCGAUGGCUAUACCAACAGCAUCUACAGUGUGUCCGUCGGUGGUAUUGACCGCAAAGGCUUACACCCAUACUAUAGCGAGAAAUGCUCUGCGCAAUUGGUAGUGACUUACAGUUCAGGUUCUGGAGAUGCUAUUCAUACUACUGAUGUCGGAGCGAACCAGUGCUACGUCAGCCAUGGUGGCACAUCAGCCGCUGGCCCGCUGGUCGCGGGCAUAUAUGCCCUGGUGCUUGAGGUCAGACCUGACCUCACCUGGCGCGAUAUUCAAUGGCUUACCGUCCUUACUGCGAUCCCAAUCGAUCAGCCAGAGGACGACUGGCAAGACACUCCCCUCGGACGCCGCUUCAGCCAUGCUUCUGGUUACGGCAAAAUCGAUGCCUACGCAAUCGUGGAAGCCGCUAGGAAUUGGACCAAUGUCAAGCCUCAAGCAUGGUUCUUCUCACCCUGGAUGCAUGUCAGACACGAUAUCCCUGAGGGCGAGAAAGGAAUAGCUUCUAGCUUUGAGGUGACUGAACAAAUGCUCAAAGACGCCAAUCUUGAACGCAUCGAGCAUGUCACAGUAACCAUGAACGUCGAACAUACCCGUCGUGGUGAUCUGAGUGUCGAGCUACGCUCGCCAGAGGGCAUCGUCUCGUACAUCGCAACUAAUCGUCGCAGAGACGAAGCAAAUUCUGGAUACGAUGACUGGACAUUCAUGUCGGUUGCUCACUGGGGCGAGAGCGGAGUAGGAAAGUGGACUGUGAUAGUCAAGGACUCGGCUAAGAAUGGUCACACUGGUAAAUUCGUUGAUUGGCACUUGAAACUCUUCGGCGAAUCCAUCGACGGCGACAAACAAGGGCUAUUGCCAUUGCCUGAUGAGCAUGAUGAUGACAACCAUGAUAUCGAGACUACUAGCGUCGGAGGGGCCACCACGAGCGUCGACCACCCUGCUGUUACUGGUGAGCCUCAGGGAAAUCCUACCGACCACAUUGACCGCCCCGUCAACAGCAAAGUAUCGACCACUACGGCUCCUGCGGCAGAACCGACAUCGGCAACGAGCGCACAGCCUACGCCGGAGCCAACAUCCAAGCCCGACGCGGAAGAAGAUGAAGUCAGUGAAAAGCCAGAGUCCAACUUCCUUCCAUCGCCAUUCCCUACUUUCGGCGCUUCUAAGCGCACUCAGGUCUGGAUCUAUGGAGCAUUAGCGCUCAUUGCAGUCUUCUGCACAUCUCUUACCAUCUGGUACAUCCUCACGAAGCGCCGAAGACAGCGCAACGCGCGUGACGAGUACGAAUUCGAGAUGCUCAAUGAAGAGGAUAUCGAUGACGAAGGGACCAGAGGAGCGGGCGGUGCAAAUGGCAUGAGUGCAAAGGCAAAGGGCAAGCGAAGGGCAGGUGAACUGUACGAUGCAUUCGCAGAGGAUAGCGAUGAAGAAGAUGUAUUCAGUGUUGGAGACGAUGAGGAGCAUGGUCACGAGCACGAGCAUAGCUACCGGGACGACGCAGGCGAAGGGCCAGGAAGCCCUAGCCAAGGGCAUAGCGGAAGCCGUGGGACAUGA